AGGAAUAUACAAUUACGGCCUGCUGCAUUGGUGAACAGCUCAACCGGUAAGUCGAAGUUUCAAAACAAUACACACAGCGUAAUUGAGGCGGAGGCGGACGACACGAUGCCGCCACCACCGCAGCCGAAGAAGCCGGCGCACCGCACCCCCCUCGACAUCGACCAUGUCGCCAUCGACUUCUCGACGGUGAAGCCGUCGCCGUCCGCAGCAGCGGCUCCGCCCGCGGCGUCGGCGUCCCCGGCCGUCAUCCCCGGCCUGCUAGAGCUUAUGCAGCAAGAGCAGCAACAGCAAGCCGAUGGACGGCAAGCGGUGUCGGACGUGCGUGCCUUCGAUCCAAGCCUGCAGGGUGUCGCACAGCGACAGCUGAGUGGUGCGGGGCUUGCGGCCAGCCGUCGAAAGAAGGUGUUCGGCGGUCAGCCCUUCGUCCCGCCGAGCGCGGCGACGACGACGACGGAUGCGGUGGAGGUCAACGUCAACAGCAAAAACGGAGACGUUAGUAUCGCAACCUCCGCUCUGAAGCAGACGGCGCCCAUCGGUGAGACCAGCGGUGCUGCUGCUGUGCCUGCGACUCCCCCUCCGGUGCAGCCGAGCAGCGACCCGGCCGCCGCCGCUGCGCAGGAUGCCCUGGACUUUCUGAUCGCCGCUCAAGUGAAGCUGCAGCAACAGAGCAGUAGUAGUAGUAGUAGCGGUUUUUCCUCUGACUUACAGAAGCGACGGGAGAUGUACGCGCAACAGCUGCGGGACUUCUGCCAGCGAGGGCGCCGCCCAUUGCCGCCCGUUGACGCGUCGAGCUCAUCUGCGUCCGCUACUACCCCACCUCCUCCUUCCACUUCUUCAUCUGCCACUGUCUUGUUCCCCAACACGAGCACCUCCCACACGAACUCGCUGCUUCGGCGGCUCUUCGCUGACGGUGUGCCGGACGUCGAGCCGUGGGAUCGCUGGACAUCGGCCGCACCACGCUACGGUGACGCGAAGCACCUCAUCGUGAACCCCCUCACCGCGACACCGGCGCAGGUGCGCGGCGCGCAGUUGGACCUGCUGCACCACCCCGUCAUCCCCGACUCGCACUACACCCGCCACUAUCAACACCGCGACCUGGAGCAGCCCGUCCUCGUGACGGUCGCCUACAAAACAAAGGCGGAGCUGCGCGCGGAGCGGCGGGAGAGGCUGAAGGAGAAGCAAGCGAAGAAGCAGCGGCAGCAAGCGGACAAACAGGAAAUGGCAGCGGCAGACGCACCGACAUCGUCGCUCGCCGCAUCCUCAUCCGCCGCCGCACGCCAGCUCCUGCACGACCGCCUGUCCACCAAGAAUCUCGCCUUGAAUCUUUUCGCCGCGAGUGUGCUGAACCCACUCGCGGCGGAUACAACGGUUCUCCAGCAGUACGAGCUGCGCGACCUCGAGCACCAGCGCCGCAACCACGAGCGGCACGUCGCCGCGCUGCCGAACCAGAUACUAAAGCGCGAGCGCGAUCAGCAGCGGUACGCGACGGAGCAUCCGCUGCUGCGCGCCUACCGGAUUUACCCCAUCUACGGACCUGCCCACCUGGGCAAGCUCCGCCACUACGCCAAUGACAACCUGCUGCGCGGAUUCGUGCUGUACGUGGCGGAGUGUGAUGCGGUGGUGGUGCUGGCGGGCGGGGAGAAGGCGGUGCGCCACCUCGACCAAUGGAUUCUGCAGAAGAUGGUGUGGGAGCACCACGACACGCGCGCGCAUCGACUCGCGACGGUGCCGCUGAUGGACGCCGAGAGCUUCUCAUUUCACUUACCGAAGGCACAACCGCCGCAGGGAGGAGGCGGUCGGGUGUACAAGCAGGGGAAGCUGAUGGAGGGGGCCUCCGCCACGGCGGACCCUGCGGCGAGGGAGGCGGUCUUUAUCAAGAUGGCGCCGAGCGUGGAGGAGGGGGAACGGUUCCUGCGCGAGCUGCCCGCCCCGUCCAGUCCCUGGACUGACUUGAGCGCCAUCUGGCGUACGGCGUUCUUGCAGGAUGGACUGCAGAGCGAGGUGGGGAGAGAGAAGAGGUGA